AUGGAUCUGGAUCAUAAGCAGACGAGUUUUACGUUUGAGAUGGAUAACUUCUCCGAGAAGGAAUCUGUGAUUAGAACACCAAACUUUUUAAGCGGCGGUUGCGAAUGGUAUGUUAAGGUUCAUCCCAAAGGAGAUCACAUUGAUGAUCACUUGUCUAUGUACCUCUGCGUUGCGGAUCCUGAAUCACUCCGGUUUGGAUGGAAAAGAAGAGCUGCUUUUUCCAUCGCUCUACUGAAUCAAUCAGGCCAAGAGCUCUACAGAAAAGAUGAACCGUUUGACCAAUUGUUCUGCGCUGAGAUCCCACAAAUGGGUUGGCCAAAGGCCUUGCCUCUUGAAAAGCUUCAUGAAAAAGGCUUUUUGAUGAAUAAUAAACUCAUCUUGAAUGUCCAAGUUAAAGUAGCUCAAGUUGAUNAACCGUUUGACCAAUUGUUCUGCGCUGAGAUCCCACAAAUGGGUUGGCCAAAGGCCUUGCCUCUUGAAAAGCUUCAUGAAAAAGGCUUUUUGAUGAAUAAUAAACUCAUCUUGAAUGUCCAAGUUAAAGUAGCUCAAGUUGAUGAUGAAGGAUCUGUAACUGGGAAUGAGAUGUUAUAUGUCAAUGGUUUCCAAGUUCUUUGUUCUCAGGUGACUUCAGUGAGUUGGAUUUUCGUGGAACACCCAAACGUUGCAGUGAAUUUCAAACCAAAGAACCAACUACUCAAGACAGCAUACAUGAAUAUCCUCCUCGGUCUAACCGAGACACUGAACAAGCCGCUACAUAGCAUCACUGACACUGAGCUAAACAACGCUCAGAGCGAUUUUAACGAGCUAACAGAAGCGGGUUUCAACCUAGACUGGUUGAAGAUAAAGCUUGAUGAGGUUUUCAUAGAGAGGAAGACCGCAAAUGCUGAUGGUUCUCGAGUCCAAGAACUCAUAAAACUCAUCAAGAAUCUCAAAGUUGAACUUAACCAGGAGCAAAUUUUAUCAUUGGAGCAGACAGUGUCGAAUCUCAAAGAUGAGCAUAACAAGAACAAUAUUGUCAAAACACUCUAA